UGUUUUAUCAAUUCAUGUAUCAUUGCUCCAUUUUUCGUGUGAAACCAGACUGAGUAGCUUGAACGAUUAACGUGGUAUUUGAUAUAAAAUAUUCAAACAAUAAUGCGAAAACUUUCUUACAUUGCCGUCAAAGAAAUAUUUAAGGAUGGAGUUGAAGUUUAUUUUAAUGGUAGUGCUAUUUAGUGCGGGCGUGGGCGGUGAAGUGUGCCCGAAGCAAUGUGACUGUGAUAUGGACAAUGGGCUGAACAGAGCCGUGUGUGUCGAUCAGAACAUUAUCGGUAUAGAAGUGGGAGUGCCCAAAGAAGUGCAGGUCUAUAGUCUUAGUCAUAAUGUCAUUAGCGAAUUGGAUAACUUUAGUUUUAAGGAUGCCGGUUACACAUCAUUGGAAAUGCUGGAUCUGUCCUACAACUUGAUAUUUUGGAUUGGACUCCAUGCUUUCUCGGGAUUAGACAAACUGGUUCAUCUGGAUUUGAGCAGUAAUCGGCUUAGAUUUAUACCCUCGGAUCUCUUCUGGGACACGCCGGAGCUUGACACGCUGGACCUGUCUUCGAACGUCUUUGAAAGCCUUAAAAAUGAACCGUUUUUAAUGCAUUCAAAGCUAAAGGUAUUGAACCUAAAUAACUGCCGAAUUAAAGCGUUGCCGCCUCGUCUUUUCAAUCGACUCCCAAAUUUACGAAAACUCGAUCUAAGUGAAAACUAUGUAGUAACCAUGAAAACUGAAGUCCUAUUGCCACUGCGAAAAUUAGAAAGGAUCGAAUUACGUAAUGAUUAUUGGCAAUGCAAUACAGACUUCAUUGCGGUUGAAUCUUGGAUAUCAUCCCAAGGUAUCACUUAUGAGAAACAAUGCAAAAAGAAGGGACCGCAAAUGUCUGAGAAAAUGAUAUCCAUUGUGCCAGUUUUGGAGAGAAAGGAAGUCGACGUCAAUGAUGUAUGGAAUAUAACUGAGAAAAAUGACACCAUGCCUGAUAUCCCCGAACAGGACACUACGCCACUCACACCAUUUCAAAAGUUCGACAAAGAAUUUUCAUCCGUACAAGCCUUUGUUAUAGGGCUGGAAAUAGGAUUGGCAAUUGGCAUAAUAGCGACGUAUAUUUGGUUGAACAAGUUCUGCACAUGUGGGGCGCUCAGUUGCCGUCGACCACAGACAAGGAGACAAAGGCGGCGUCGCAUGCAACGAAUGGACGGUGAUAUGAGGACCAAUUUAUUAUGGAGUACUAUAGUGAACCCUGAUUUGGAGACACCCCCUACAUUCCGGAGACAGCUCUCGCUUCCUGAUAGAAGUGCUCCAUUCCCCACUUAUGGUCUCCCAGGAUUUACUGAAGCUCCUUUGCAAAUAGAUGCGAUUCGCAUGCCUAAUAGAGCAGAGACUCCGCCCCCGCCGUACAACGACUGCCGCAUUAAUAUAUAGUGAAAUAGGGAGCGGUAAUGCUCUAUAUUUCAUUUGUGAUAUUUCGAAUAAGUCGCCGGAAGCGAAUACUUAUGAUUCAACCUAAUUAAAUGACGUUGGGAUAAGAUAACGAGCUUUUCAUAGAUAUAAGUUUAUAGUGUAAGAAAGAAGAAUGUUCAAAUCGUCCAUAAUUUAUAAUAAGACAUUUUUAUAAUUAGUUACGAUUGAGUUUAGUGUAUAAAGAAAUUAUAAGACAGUUUAUAAAA